AUGGCCAUGUCAACUCAAGAAAUGACAAGCGGUCAAAGUGCGGCAGAGAACCACUCUCUGCCACAGUGGUCAGGAAAGCGGGUAGUCCACCCUCCGGCAACUGCGAAGACGCGUUUCGAUGUCAUAGAGACAAUUCGUUGGUUCAGGCAGCCCCAGAGUGGGCUGUAUUGCAAGGACAUGAUAAUCCGUGGCAUGCUGCUUGUGAAUGAUGAUUUUGGUGGUCUAGGCCACUUCGAUGACCGUGUGCUCAUAACCCGCCUUGCUCGUCGGACAAAUGAAAGCCGUUCGACACUGCCCGCAGCAAUAAAAGCGGCAUCCAAUACUCUCCAAAAGCAAGCCAUGAUAGGGAUUUUGAUUUCUAGAGACUUCCAGAAGCUUCCCGUCACCUUUAGGGACCGUGAGAGGUAUGGCGUCAGCGGUUUCUGGCAUCUAUCACAUGUCUUUGCGGUCAGGUCCGAAGGGCCCAAGGAGGGUCAAGUGCACACAGAUCUGAUGGCCUGCCUUGUAUACAGUGGGCCAAGAGAGACAAUGUGGUGGAAUGUGGCUGAGGAUGAGACAGCAACAAAUGCUGUCAAGGUCUUGAAAGAAGAAGAAACAUUUGACAAAAUGUUUGAGAAGGAAGAGUGCUCCCUGUGCAGCGAGGAGAGCCUGACAAUUUUUGCCGAGGGUUGGGUUUGUACCAAUGUGGUAUGUUCGAGUCUGGGACGGGACCAAUCUGGUCAAGUACCCAAGACGAAAACAUACUCUCAGCGGUUUCUCCAGCCAUGGGUGUCACAAGAGCUGAUGAAGAAAACGCCUCCACCAUUGCUUCCUGAUCUUCUUAUCCAGCCGCCGCAGCUCACGGAUGAUAGCAAGAAGAGCUUCGAGACUUUGAGACAUUUUUGGAGAGGAUGGGUGUGCCCUGCGUGUGCCACGCUCAAUCGACGUUUAGACUACCAUCAGAUGGUCUGUCCUUGCGGCGAGUUUUCCGCUCCAAGCCCUCCUCCAAACCUCACACUGGGCCAAGUGACCCCAAAAGAAUAUCUUGAGCUGAAUGCAAAGAACAAGCUGCCACCAGUCACGAUCAAACAUAACGCUGCCAAGUUGGCGGAACAGGAAUUCACUGACAAUUACGCCAUUUACACUUGGGAAUUUGAAGCAGAAGCAAAAGUGACAGCACUCUACCCUCGAACAGCGGCCCACGCAGGUCCCAAUGGCAAUGAUAAAGUGUUUGAAGAGAUGCAGGAGAAAACGCGAAGUGGGGUGAUCCCAAUGAAGCGUGUGCCCUUUGGGAAUUCAUCAGGCCUAGAUGCCACCACUCGACAGUUCGGCGCAAAUUUUGGACGAGACUACAAAGCAAGCAUGAUCAUGUCGACGACCCCUUUCGAACAAGCGGAUCCUCUGAUCGGUCAACUUGUGCGCAGGGCGGAGGCUGUCGUUCUGGGCACAGUGGGCAUGAAUGUCAGUUUCAAUGAAGCUCUUCUGCUGGCCUAUCUUCCCGAGAUGUACAUUGGCUGGCACGACGAUGGCGAGGCAGAUCUUGGAGACACGGUUAUCUCGCACUCGGUCGGUGGCAACUGCGUGAUGAAGUUCGCAAUGAAGGGUGACUAUUGGUGGGGCAAGAAGGAGCGUGGCGACAAAGGAAAGAUGACGUUGGCACCAGAUGACCCACACCUACCUGGCUGCGUGAAGAGGCAAGAACGAAGGGCGCUACUGGAUAAAUACAGAAAGGGCGAAUUGACCAAGGAGCAAUACGAAACCCAACUGGGGGAUGUGGUGAGAGAUUUCAAAGUGAGCAGAAGCAAUAUUUCACCGUUGCUUAUGAGUGUGGUUGUACCACAUGGAGGGUACAUUAUCAUGCACGGCAAGAACAUGCAAAAGUACUACGAGCACAGUGCGAACUCGACUGGUCUGAUGCGUUUCGUGAUGACUAUGCGUCAUAUUGGAGAUAAGCAUCAAGAGCAGACCUUGACGAGCAGGAGAGCGGCUGCUGAGGCACGAGUUGCUGCCGAGUCAGUACUUGGGAAGCGGAAGGAGCGCAGUGAAUGUCCUAUGCACACAUUCGCUUCUCCGCCAUCCAGCUUCCCUCCCCUUCCAGAGUCGUCAGCGAGUCAAACGCAACCCUCCUCUUGCCCGGCGAAGUCGCCCAACCAACCCCUUCCAUCACAUAAAGAUGACACCUCAUCUACCCUCUCCAAGCUGAACCCUCUCAACUACAUGCCAUCCAACAUCUCAAACAAUCCAGAACACUCCGAACAGACCAUCUCCCUCCCUCUAUCCCGCGACACUUCCUCCAUUCCUCGAGGCGAUGGCUCGAACACGAAGUGGGAAUACCCCUCCCCACAACAAAUGUACAAUGCCAUGCUCCGCAAGGGCUACACCGAUACUCCCGUCGAUGCUGUCGAGUCCAUGGUUGCCGUGCACAAUUUCCUGAACGAAGGCGCAUGGGAAGAGAUCGUGACAUGGGAGGAGAUCUUCCAGGGAGGCUUGAAAGAGGCAUGGAGGAAAUGCUCCCUGGGUGAGGAGGGAAUGAGGAUGGAGAGGUUGAGGCAGGAAGUACAGAGGAUACGAAGAGAGGAGUUGGGUCUAGAAGCAGCAAAUCAGGAGGAUCCAUACAAGCCGGAACUCGUCAGAUUUCAGGGGCGGCCGCGGGAUAUGACGCCAAAAGCUGGUAUAUUACAAGCGUUGGGUUAUGUCUGGCCGACGAAAUUUGGCUCCGAGCCCCCCUUCGACCGCCACGAUUGGUACGUCACACGCCGGACACCAAGCGGCACGACUAGGGAGGUUCGCUACAUCAUUGACUAUUACUCGGCUGAUCCAGAGCCGACGGGCGAACCCGUCUUCUAUCUGGACAUCAGACCUGCCAUCGACACGCCUUCCGCCGCUGUGGAGAGAAUGAUGCGAUGGGGUGGUGACGUUUGGCACAGGGCUAGUGGAGCAGUGAUAAGGGAGCAGCAGAAGGGCAACGGGGCGUCUAGUUGA